AAGAAAACAGACAAGAUGACAAAUAGGGAAGAUGAUGGAGAGUCAUUCGACCCUCGCGUUGCUGCCCUCCUCGCCGUGCAUCUUGUAGGACAGGUCCUAGACGAAGCCUACGUUAUUGCAGUCGCAGCUCACGAAUCAGGACAACCCUGGGACUACCUUUCGAUGCUGAAAAACCGACAAAAUGAGGAACUCGGGGCUACAGCACACGAUGAAAUAUCUAUGAUCACAUCAAAGGGGGACCACGAGGCUUUGGACAAUUGUGCAGACCAUAAUAGCAAUGUCGCUACUUCAACUCCACAGAAAAUAUUAGCCGAAGAAUCCAUCAAACCGAAACUUGAAACUAGCAUAUACAUGGGUCAAGGCGAUGGAGAAUUCGAAGUCCUAGAAGACCUGAGUAAUUCAACAUCCUUGUUCAUAAACCACCUUUUCGAUAUGAGUGAGGUAGAACCUCGCUCAUAUCGCAAAGGAAAAGAGCAAGAGGAUAUCUGUGACGAUAUGGCCGUAGUACAAAACGAUUUCGCACGUAAUGAAUUGCUGACUGAUAAUGAAUUGCUGACUGAAGACAUAUCUAAAAUAAUGGAAUCUUAUGUUAAUACCGCUUUUAAUAUUGCUUUGGGUCAAGAGUUUCAAAUUUGUGAAGCGCAAGAAUCGCAAGACCCGGAAAAAUCUUUAAAGAGUUCUGAGCAGACUGGUUAUUCAUUCUUAACGGAAGCUUUCUCUGGUGACCUGGGUAAAGAUGUAGCGUUUUACGUUGAAAAUGAAUGCGUAGCUAAUGAAGGGAAAGUAGUCGAGAUAAUCGAAAAUAUGAUAGAAAAAGAAGCUCCCAAAUUUACUGAGGUUACCGAUUCGGCAAAUGAUGUACAAGAAAAAGAAGAUGUGACUCGUUACGAAAAUGCUUACUUGACCUUAAAUCAAACCUAUACAAUAGGUGACUACGAACAAGAGCAAGGCACUGACGAUGAAGCUGAUGCUUUAUUUCAAGAUCCUAAGGCGUUGGCUAUGCAGGAUGUUGAAUUAGCUAACAAUACCUUAGAUUCGGUGGACAAUUUGUCUGUGCAUGGAGAACUAGUACAGGAAGAAAACAAAGAAUUAAUGGCAACUUCUGCUGUGUCUGCGGUGUCGCGAAAGAGUAAGAGUAGCUUGGUGAGUCGAUGCCGCACCACAGGAGCUCGACUGCUAUCUUGUCUUCGAGGAUGGUGGCGACGUAAGACACCGGGAAGACGUAAGGAUUCUCGUGGUGCUGGCUCAAUUCGAGGGAUAUGUCCCCUGUCCCCUGAGGCUCGCCGUCGUGCUGCUAGUCUCCUGGAUCAGCGUCACUUGUACUCUCCUGGAGCACCCCGCUCGGUAGUCUGGAAGUUUAAUACUGUCAACGAGGCUAUGGUUAAUUCGGCAAAAUGGAAAGAGUAUACUUUCGAAAUGACGCCUGAUCCGAGCGAAAAACUCGCAUUAGAAGAUUAUUAUUAGAUUAAAAAGAAUAUUUAUUUAGAACUGCAUUGCGAAUUGUAUGCAAAAAUACAAGUCGAAGUUUAGAAACAAAGAAGUAUUACGUAUUUUGGUUUAGUUUAACGGUUAACGAUUGAAGAAUGAAAACUUGAGUAACAUGAAUAUGCAUACUUAAUAGUAAAAAAUAUUGAA